UAAAUUAAACCUUUUUUAGGAAAAUGCGUCAUUUGAAAUUUAUGUUUGGUAAUUUUAUUAAUUUUUUUUUUUAUACAUUUAAUGCAAAGUGCUGUGAAUUUCUUCAUCACAUUAUGGACUGGUCCAAACUUUGGGUUUUGUGGAGAGUUAAAUAAAAAAAUAUAUUCUAUUCUUUUAUCACCAGACAGAAAUAGUAAUGAAAAUAGGGACUGUUUUACAGGGUGAAGAAUUUCCCUGCUGCAGGUUGUGCAUGGUUUAUUAGAAAACUUCCACAGGAGGAACUUCAUGCUGGACUGAUGAUUUCAGCCUGAAUGAAUAAAGGAUGAAGGCUAUGUGCACGCGCAGGAACUAGUGGAAGUUCUUCGGUACCGGAAAUCAGUGUCUGGGUCCAAAUCCGGUUUGGUGCACGCAUUAACUAGGUCGUGUGUGUGUGUGUGUGUGUGUGUGUUCUAAAGGUCGCUGACACACCAUCCUUCCCCUCCCUACUCUGGAGCGGUCACGUGGUUUUCGACGCGCACCAGUUUCGGUUACCGAGGGCUGGUCACCAGACGCCUCGCGCUGUUUACUUCUUAGCCCGAGCGCGUGAACGCCAGACGAAGCGGAGACGUCUGAAGGUCUUGAUGGACGAAGGUGGAGUUGCGCAUGUGAGUUUUUGAUGGUGUUCGUCUCCGGUGAAAGUGCGCUGAAAUGAUCCUGGGUGUUAAAGAGUUAACGCCGGCGAGCUCUAGAGCGUUCUGACGACCCGCUUUUACGCGCUUCACGUGUCACGUUCACGCCGCACGCGAGCUGCGUCACUGCACACGUGCCUGAGCCCAGCAGGACCACGGAUCAGAGCCUAAAGGUGUUUGUCAUAUCUAUAUUCAAAACCAUAAAGGUCAUAUCUAAUUAUACCAGCAUCAUCAUGAUUGGAUCUCCAGACCUGCUGGCUUUCACGACCGACACCGAAUUCCUAGAACAGUCCACAGAAUCGCUCAGGCUUCCAUCCGAACUGUCCGUUCCUCUUUAUCCGCACUCUGAGGACGCCUCGCCGUGGUCAAAGACAUCCAGCUUCGUGAAGGAUUUUAUUCUCGUAUCGGAGUUCUCCGAGCAAGUGGGUCCUCAGCCAUUACUAACCAUUCCGGACAAAUCCAAGGCAUGUGGCUCAUUCGACCUGAACCACUUCUCGCUCAGGAUCAUGUCCGUGGACUAUCAGGCCACGUUCGCAGGCCCUGCAUUUAGCGGACAUCCUAAACUGAACUUCGUAGAGGAUGCAAAAGUGGUUCUGGGGGACUCGAGAGAAGGAGCCUACGCCUACGUGCAACACUUAACGCUAUACGACCUGGAAGCUCGGGGGUUCGUCCGGCCGUUCUGCAUGGCCUACGUGUCCUCGGAAGAGGCCAAAAUUCUGAAUUGCUUUCGUGAACUUUCAGCAGAGUUUUCCAAGGCUUCAGAGUGUCUGAAGACCGGAAACAGGAAGAACUUUGCCAAUGAGUUGGACAAAAAACUUUCAGACUUGGAGUACACUCGACUAACACUGCUGAGGGAGAUCAACCGAGAGAGGCUAAGCAAAAUAAAAGCUGCCGAGAAGAACAAAAUGGAAGAGAAGUUAAAAAGUGAAGAUAAAAUGGAUAAACAACAGGAUAACGGGAACAGCGAGUUGCUGUCAAUUACGAAAGAGGAACUAAAAGAGAAACUAAGAUGUAGCUCACCGUUUAUGGAAGUUGAUCAAAACCUCAACAUGCCGAGAUUUGAUAAAAAGGGAACUGAACCUGAAUGUGACACUGUAGGCAUGAGCAAUGGAAGUGAAAAAAAUAUGUCAGAAAACGGUCGAGUGUUUGAGCAGCCUGAGGCAACCAAAGAAGGUCUAAGUGCAACAUGUCAGAGAAUCAUGUGGGCUAAUAAAGCAGAUGAGCUGGCUCAUGUGGAAACAACCAUCCAGGAACACAGAAGCCUUUUGAAACAGAUCACCUCCUAUCCGAACAGAAAGCUCAGAGACCCCGAAUUCCUGCCAUAUGAGCCUGAUGAUGCCUUCCAUUCUCUGGAGUCUGACCUUGACCAAUAUGCUGUAUUCCCAGAGCCCAGAGUCGGUGGAGGAUUGCUUACCACCACACACCUGCAACUGGUAAGCUCAAGCACAUGUCGACAGUUCGACAAGCGUCUAAAGAACCUGGACGAACUCUGUGACAAGUACUUUAUGGAGCAGGCGAUGAACCAGCUCCGCUACAUCGAGAGGAGCUUCCAUGGAGACAACAGCUAUCUUCUCUCUCAGCAACAGACCCAAAACCUGCUUCCUCAUCUACAGUCCACAAACUUCCUCUUUGAGGAUUUGUGCGACCUGGAGCCUGAGUCAGGUCAGCAGGUUUACCGCCCAUACCCUCGGUUUGCACAGCUUUUUCCUGUUUCUCCACUACAGAGCGAGCCUGUAAGUCUGGACUCCUACACAUCAUGUGUGGAAAUGGUGCCCAUUCGUCUGGAGCUCCACAGAAACAGACCUGGCUCUGUUCCAACCUCGCCGAGUGACGACCUGCCUUCGAUGCCAAACUUCUUGAACGAAGGUCACUACAAGGCUGAGGAGGUUUCUGUGCUGAUGAAGGAUAGCGUCAGCAGCAACGAGAGUAUAGAGGUUUUAGGAACGGAGAAGUCCUUCAGAGCGAUUUUUACCGCAGAAACCGUUCCUCCGAGGCAGACGGCAUUCCCUGGAAGCAGCUUUGAAGGACGGAAACGGAGAGUAGUCACCCGACGGGAAAACAGCGAGGACAGCAUUGAGGUGCUUAGCACUACAGAAUCAAUCAUACCUGACGAUUUGAGGGCCUCGUACCCUUCUUCAAUCUACGAAGAAGCCCAAGACCAAGAAGUAGAUGAGAACGGCGGUGCUGAAGAAAAGCGUCAGAGCUUUCCGUGCACUCCGAAUAGAAACAUAGAUACCAACAUGAAUUUGGAAUUUGGCACUGUUUCUCCUCUAAGUGAACUGAGUUCUUUCCAAGACAAGCAUUUCCUUCUCACAUCAGAUGAUUUCUCUGAUUGCACCAGUUACCACAGCUUUGGCUCCAUGGGCUCCAUGCUUUCUCUCGAUCCCCACGAGGAAAAAAGGACCCCUGGGAACAGAAGAAAGCGCGCCCGGUCUGGACAGAUGGCUCUGAACUUCCUGCGCCAGUUUCCGUUCGCCCUGCACGCCGUGUUCAGCCUGCUGAGUGGCCGGACGCUGGUGGUCUUGGGAAGUGAGGAAAGAGUGGUCAGACGUCUAGUCGCAGCACUGACCAUGUACACUCCUCAUCUAGGAAGGUGCAGAGGAAGCAUCCAUGCCUGGACGUCGAGCCCUUUGCAGAUUACAGACCUGCUUCAGUGGAAACUCGUCGGCUAUAACAGAUCGUCUUUUCCUUCAUCUCCCAGCAUGCCACUUUGCCUAGCUCGCUUCAGCCGCUACCUCAGUGUACUGGAUGUGGACCAGAAGACCUUACGCUGCCCGGCGUAUAAAGGUUCUCUCGCUUGUCCACUGGUGGACGUGAGGACUCACGCCAUGCACGGCGCCGCCUACUUCCUGAACGCGCAGACGGUAAUCUGUAAUCUUGUGUCCAGGGCAUUCCUUCUCGCUUUCACUCCUGUGCACCCCGGCCUGGACCUUAAACCCAUCCACUUCUCUGGUGAGCUCCAUGAGGACGAUCUGAAGAUCCUCCGCUACCUUUCGGAGCUCGUCACGUGGCACGUUGCAGGAACCUCGCCCCCGGUCCUGCGAUUCAGCUACAGCGCAAGUACACUUUUCAAAAUCUGACACUGAAAACUAAUGUUUUACUGCUGCUACGGUUCUUACGGCUGGGACUCGCCUGGUAUGGACAAAAGUUUGUGGGCACCUGAUUAAUAGACACGUAUGCGCUUCUUUACUAAAAUCGCAUUCCACUCCGCAUUGUGUCCAUAGCCGCUGUUGUAAUGAGCUCCACUCUUCUGGGAAGAUGUUCCACUAGAUUUUUGUGGAGAUUCAUUCAGUUACAUGGGUGUUAGUAAAGUCAGGUACUGAUGUAGGUGAGGGGAGGAGGGCUGAGGUGGAGAUCUUCCAAACCAGUGAAACAGAUAUUGUUUUGGGUCUCCUAGGUUCAGAGUGAAGGGAAAUCUUUAUGCCAGGAAUCCAAGGAUUUUGUGAGAACGUGUUGUUGAAGAAUAUGGGUGGAAAUGUCAGGUGUUCCAGUACUUGUGUGAUUGUAGUGUGUAUAUUUAUUUUUGAAUUUAUCAAUUAGACCUCAAUAACACCAAAACCAGUGCAGACUUACUGUAGUAAAAGUGGGGAAAAAAACGUUCUAGCAAUCAUCUGACUGAAGUGUUCACUGUGCUGCUUUUCUCAUGGUCCGGAUUCUGACCCACUUUCUCAGGGAAACUUUGUGAUCCAGGUGUCAAUAGCAGCGCACACAGAAAAGGCCAAACCCUGUAAUCGGAGUAAUCUGAAAUCCCCAAAUCCUCAAAUCCAUGUGAUUAGUGUUCUGUGACGGAUGUGUGCUCGUGGCGUUUGGGGGGAAAAACUCGUACCGCAGCGUCUUUAUUGCACAAGUUACUGAAUAACCGCUCGUGGGAGGUGACACUACUGAUUAGUCCAACUUAAAAAAACCUGUCUGAUACACAGGUUCCUUCAUUUAAAUGUCCAACCAGCCAAUCAUGUGGCAGCAGAACAAUGCAUCGAAGACUGCAGCUCCAUAAUUGGACCUUGUGAUUCUACAGCCUUGGAUUCAUGACCCUGGUUCCUGAUUCGUGACGGAUGAGGAACGAGAUGUGGUCGAUGGACCAUCUAGAUCAAGCUGUUGUAAUAUGAGAUGCUUUUCUGCUCAGCACAUUUGAAAAGAGUGGAUGUUGAAAUGAACUCCAGCCUUGUGGUCCGUUCGACCUGGACUUGAUCUACAGAACCCGUGUCCGUGUGAUGUUUCGCGUUGUGCUGCUGCUCCCUGAUUGGCUGCAGGAAAGUGUUUACAGAUCAAAUGUAAAACCACACAGCAGAUUCUUCACCUUCGCAUGUUUAGAGAAAAUGCACGUCAAAUGCAUGUGUGUUAAAGUGUUUGUGGGAACGUUUUCACGUAUUAUUAUUUAUAUAUAUAUAAAGAGCUGAUAUUUUAUUAAAGAGUGCCUUGUUUUAA